AUGCUGGCGGUGCGCCACGUGCUGUUCGGUGUUGCCCUCCUGCUGCUGUGCGGGAUUGUGCCAGCUGUUGGGGCGUCAACUGACAAAUCGAAUGAUUUGAUGGCUGCUCUUCGGUCUGUAAAGGAAAUUGCAAAUGGUGCAAGAGAAACUGUGAAGGAGGUAAGGCAGAUUGCAGAGGAUGUAAAAAAAAGUGCGGAUGAUGUGACAAAGGCACUGGAUGCCGCAAAAACUGCAAAGGUGGCGGCGGAUGCGCUUAAACAAGAAGGUGAAUCUGGUGUUAAUGACGAUAAUGCUGCUGCCGUUAAACAAAAGGGGGAAGAGGCGGCGACACACUUAAAGAGCGUGAAGACACUUCUCACACUGGCGGUGGGAUACUUAAGGGAAGGAGACGCCGCGAGUACAGCAGUACAUGAGAUGGCCGGGGCGGUUGGGACGAAAGUCAAAGGGAACUUGCAGUUUGGGGAUGCCUCACUGACAGAGAAGGUGCAGCUGGUGGCGCAGCACGCAGAGACCACGUUGGCAGCGUUGGCGGAGGUAAGGAGUAAGCUGGGUUCUUCAUUAGAGGUCUUAGUGGCCGCGUUGAAGAGUUCAACAAAGGCAGAGUCACACGCCGAAACGGCAAGAAAUGCGGCGGAUCUCGUGGUGGUUGUCCUAACAAGCAAUUUGAACGGAAUGGAUACAGCUGGCAAUAAGGAGGAAGCAAAGAAGCACAGUGUGGACACAGCACAAAGCGCAAGUGAGACACUAACCAGAACAGAAACUGCGAAAGAGACUAUAAUUUCGCUGCACGACACUACGAAGGCAAUUGCUGCAGCUGAAGAAAUGAUGAAGUCUGCGGAAGCUGCAGAAAAGGCUGCAGACGAUGUUAUGGAACAACACAAGAAAGAAACAUUGCAGUCAGAAAGCAUUCAGGAAGGCACCUAUGCACACCCGCCGCGAAUUGAGCACGACAACACGAGGCCUGUUCAGGAUGAAAUGGAUCAAGAUGAUAAAAACGAUUAUGUGGACCUUGGGUCACGAACGGAAGGGCACGAGGCAGAACAGCAUCAAGUAAAACCAGACAAAAAGAAAGCAGUGGAAGCACCUCAGAAUCCUCAUGUUGGAGCGUCUGAGUCUCCUCUGCUUCCAUCGAGCAGCGUUGUGAGUGCCGCGAUGGGUGGGAGUGGCGGCACAGACGGCAGCGGCAGCGCAGGGUGGAUGUAUGCGCCGUCACUGCUGUUGCUGUUGGGUGCAUUGAUUGGCUGCUCGGUUUUCUGA